AGUUUUUGGUCAUCAAGUAAUCCAGAGUUUCUCUUUUCUCUCUCAAUUCAACAAUCAAUCCGUUAAUCCAGUUGUUUUUAUCUCUUCUCAAUCCAUCGUCAGAUAUUUUCCUGAUUCCAGUUCUAGGGUUUUGGUCCAGACUGAAUGAACUCAACAGAUAUGAUUUCUGAUUCAAUCGGCACCACCGCUUCCAUCCCUAUGUCCGCCUCAAAUCCUAAAGAUUUUCCCAAGAAAAAGAGGGUCAACAGGUCUGCCAAAUUAAAGCAGUGUAAGCUGGACGUUCGUCGUGAGCAGUGGCUCUCUCAAGUCAAAAACAAGGAAACCAAUGAUGAAACUGACGGAAACGGAGGAUUCAUUUCGCCUAUGAACGUGCAGAAGGAGAAUCGUACAGUUGAAGGUGAAGAGAAGUCCAUCCACCUCUAUUGUGAGUUGGAUUCCCCUUCCUACAGCCCUACCAGUCUCCACAGUAGCAGUAAUUUGUCGGGUACAAAUUUUACCUGCAGCAGCAGCAGCAGCAGUGGAAGUUUCUCCGGUAGCCUAACCGGAGAAGAUGAUGACGGAUGCUUGGAUGAUUGGGAGACAAUUGCUGAUGCUUUGGCUGCUACAGAUAUCAAGCAGGAACAACACGGUUCUUUCUUAGAGCCAUUGCAAGAGGUUGAGAAUGCAGAUCAUGUUAAUGGAAUUGACAUUCCAAAGCCAGAGGUUGUGGAAACUGUGCAGCAGAAUCCAACUAAUGUCAGAGCAUGGAAACAUGACGAUACUUAUCGCCCACAGAGUCUUCCUUCAUUGUCGAAGCAGCUGAGCCUUCCUAUACAUUCAUUUCGGAAUCAUGUUCAUGGGGGAGGCAGUGUAUGGGGGAGUUGUGGAAACGUUGUUUCUGCACCAUCAUCAUGCCCCAUAUGCUGUGAAGACUUGGAUUUCACGGAUUCAAGCUUUCUGCCUUGUUCAUGUGGGUUCAGACUUUGCCUCUUCUGCCACAAGAGGAUUCUUGAAGAUGAUGGUCGUUGUCCAGGUUGUAGAAAGCAAUACAACCAUGAAUGUGUUUCGGGGGAAGAUACUCGCUUGGCUCAAACUCGUAGCUUGAUUAUAAGGUCUUAGGAUGAGUUUAUAUUUUGUUCAGUAUUUUUCUUUUCUUUGAGUCUUGUUUUUGCUUAUCUCACGUGUUUUUAUUUAUACACAAACUCUGAUAAUCUUUUUUUUUUACCUAAUCCAAGCUUAUAGAUAUGUGUUUUCCAGAA